UUAUUGACGUCACUCAGCGCACGUGUAGACGGAACUCUACACUGAUGUCGGCUGCGGGCUUCGGUGUUUAGCUUUGUCGUAGUUUAUUGUGUUUAUAAAUAUAGCAGUGAGUUCUCUGUGUGCAGUGUAGUUAGUGUGUGUAAAAUUCUCCGCGAUGGGGGGUUUACAGAAGAAGAAGUACGAGAGCGGCUCAGCCACCAACUACAUCAGUAGGAACAAAGCGCGCAAGAAGCUGAGCCUGAGUCUGGCUGAUUUCAGACGAUUGUGCAUCUUGAAGGGAAUUUACCCACAUGAACCCAAACACAAGAAGAAGGUCAACAAGGGCUCCACGGCCCAGAGGACCUUCUACCUGCUCAAAGACAUCCGCUUCCUCUUGCACGAGCCCAUCGUCCGCAAGUUCAGAGAGUACAAGAUAUUCGUGCGUAAACUGCGGAAGGCGUACGGGAAGGCCGAGUGGGGCUCCGUCGAGAGGCUGAAAGACAACAAACCCGCCUACAAAGUGGACCACAUCGUAAAGGAAAGGUAUCCGACGUUCAUCGACGCUCUGCGGGACGUAGACGACGCUCUGUCCAUGUGUUUCCUCUUCUCUACGUUCGCGCGCACCGGGAAGUGCCACGUGCAGGUGAUCCAGCUGUGCCGCAGACUCAGUGUGGAGUGGAUGAACUACAUCAUCGCUUCGCGCUCGCUCAAAAAGGUGUUUCUAUCCAUCAAGGGCAUCUAUUACCAGGCAGAAGUUCUGGGACAGACCAUCACCUGGCUUGUACCCUAUCAGUUUGCUCAUGACCAUCCUACGGAUGUGGAUUACAGAGUCAUGUCCACUUUCACAGAGUUCUACACCACACUGCUUGGUUUCGUGAACUUCCGACUCUACCAAACCCUCAACCUCGUUUACCCACCCAAGCUUGAUGGAAAAGGAGAGGCGGAGCUCAAGCCUGAAUUUGAGGAGGACUACGCCAUGGAUUCGGAGAGCUACCUGGAGAAACUGUCAGCGCUGAGCGCCAGUCUGGCUCGUGUCGUCUCCACGGUUGAAGAGGAGGAAGCGGAGAUGGACCAUUUCCCCGCUGAAGGGGAGGACAUGGAGAAGAUGGAGGUGAGGGAAAAGGCGCAGCAUGAAGAGGACAAGCACAAGAAGCUCUUCGAGGGCCUCAAGUUCUUCCUGAACAGAGAAGUGCCGAGAGAAUCUCUGGCUUUCAUGCUAAGGUGUUUCGGUGCACAGGUCUCCUGGGACAAAUCUCUGUGUAUCGGCAGCACGUAUGACAUCACCGACGAGACAAUCACGCACCAUGUGGUGGACAGACCCAGCCUGGACAAACAGCACAUCAACAGGUACUACAUUCAGCCUCAGUGGGUGUACGACUGCGUGAACGCUAAGAUGCUCCUUCCGGUGGAGGACUACUUCCUGGGCGUCACACUCCCUCCGCACCUGUCACCCUUCGUGGAGGAGAAGGACGGCGACUACGUUCCUCCAGAGAGGCAGAAACUCCUUUCUCUCCAGAGAGGAGAGAAACCUGUCGCAGAGCAGGAUGAGGAGGAAGAGGAGGAGGAAGAGGAGGAGGAAGAAGAGGAGGACGAAGAGGAAGAUGAGGAGGAGGAGGAGGAGGAAGAGGAGGCUAAACUGAAAGAUAUGGAACAGAAGAGAACACAGGGGAAGGCCUUAUCGGUGAAGGUCACCCCUGGAAAGGCGACCACAGACAACAGGCAGCGACUGGAGGAGGAAGAGAAGGCUGAGGAGAAGAGGCUCGCCAUCAUGAUGAUGAAGAAGAAGGACAAGUAUCUCUACGAUAAGAUCAUGUUCGGGAAGAAGAGGAAGGUCCGAGAGGCUAACAAAAUGGCAGCCAAGAGAAAAGCGUUCGAGGAGUCCAGCAAAUCGGACAGAAAGAAGAAGGCGAAGAAACAGUAGAGGAGAAACGAGAAUGGACCUUAUUUUUAUUAUUAAAAAUAAUUCUAUACGUUUAUUGGAAA